GCCCGGCGGCAGGUGGCGCGGGUGGUCCCGGCGGUGCCGUCAGCAGCCGUGACGCUCCAGCCCGAGCCGGAGAACGCCGGGGGCGACGACAGCUAUGUGCAGCUGUACGCCGACGCGUGGGACCUGGGUCGGACCGACGCGCCGCCGGCACCGGCCGACGACUCGCUCUCGGCGCUCGAGUACGAGCUGGCCGCCUACAACGUCACCCUCUUCGACGUCGCCAUGGACUUCAUGCUGCACGACGCCACCAACCUGACGACGCUCUUUUCCAACAUCUCCAGCUGGCGCGGCGACGACGUCAACAUGACGCGCAGCAUCGCCGUGAUGAACGUGCUGUUCGGCGCGCUGCAGGACAGUCUGGACGGCGACGCCUCGCUCCUGGAGCGGUACGGCGUGCCAGCCAGCGGCUUCAACCUGCGCCCGGUGCGCCGCACCUGGGGCCAGGACGGCGCCCAGCCCUACCGACGCGCCCCGCCAGUGGUGCACCAGUACCGGCCGGCGGUGGACCACCGCUUCCUGGGCAGCCGCGCUGCCUGCGGCUCGUGUGAGUUCUUCAUGCUGUGCUGGAUGUCGGGCGGCACGGUGCGCGGCGGCUGCGGCGGCUUCAUGUUCGGCUGCUGCGAGCGCGGACGGCGCGCCGCCAAGUCGUUCAAUCCGCCGCCCCCGCAGGUCGACUACGGCCCUGUGCGCAACGACCCAGGGUGCGGACUGUCCGACACCUCCCGGAUAGGCAUCACGCGCCGCAUCGUUGGUGGAAACCAGGCAGGAUUCGGCACCUUCCCCUGGCAGGCGUACAUCCUGAUCGGCACCAGCCGUUGCGGAGGAUCCCUGAUUAACCAGCAGCACGUGCUCACAGCCGGACACUGCGUGGCCAGUGCCGGCGUCGACGCGGCCGCCCCUGACUGUGAACAUCCUCUGCCGACAGUGGUGCACCAGUACCGGCCGGCGGUGGACCACCGCUUCCUGGGCAGCCGCGCUGCCUGCGGCUCGUGUGAGUUCUUCAUGCUGUGCUGGAUGUCGGGCGGCACGGUGCGCGGCGGCUGCGGCGGCUUCAUGUUCGGCUGCUGCGAGCGCGGACGGCGCGCCGCCAAGUCGUUCAAUCCGCCGCCCCCGCAGGUCGACUACGGCCCUGUGCGCAACGACCCAGGGUGCGGACUGUCCGACACCUCCCGGAUAGGCAUCACGCGCCGCAUCGUUGGUGGAAACCAGGCAGGAUUCGGCACCUUCCCCUGGCAGGCGUACAUCCUGAUCGGCACCAGCCGUUGCGGAGGAUCCCUGAUUAACCAGCAGCACGUGCUCACAGCCGGACACUGCGUGGCCAGGGCGCGGCCCGGCCAGAUCACCAUCACACUGGGCGACUACGUGCUCAACUCCAACCGCGAGCCACUGCCGGCCUACAAGUUCGGUGUGCGCGCCAUCAACGUGCACCCGCGCUUCCAGUUCACGCCGCAGGCCGACCGCUACGACGUGGCCGUGCUCACGCUAGAUCGGCCCGUGCCAUACGUCCCCCACAUCCAGCCCAUUUGCCUGCCCGAAAAGGGAGACGAAUUUGAGGGCUACUACGGUUGGGCGGCCGGCUGGGGCGCUCUCCGACCAGGCUCGCGCGUGAGACCAAAGGAGCUUCAGGUGGUGGAUGUGCCGGUCAUCAACCGCCACAUGUGUGAACAGUGGCACCGGCAAAAGGGCAUCAAUGUCAUCAUCCACGACGAGAUGAUGUGCGCCGGCUACAUCAACGGCGGCAAAGACUCGUGCCAGGGCGACAGUGGCGGUCCUCUGAUGAUCGAGAACGAUGGACGGUGGUACCUGAUGGGCAUAGUGUCGGCCGGCUACUCGUGUGCGCAGGGCAAGCAGCCAGGUAUCUACCAUCGGGUCUCCAUGACGUCUGACUGGAUCUCAUACGUCGCCGGAAAUUAAGUAUUACCUCCAGCGUUCGCGGCCCAGUCAACGCGAACAGCAGCUACCUACAAACUAGGCCCAGGUCUAGCAAAGCAAACGUUCUUUCACUCAGCAGCCCGUGCGCAGGUGCAGAAUACGAGCAUGUGAUACACACGGGACUCGCUGAACGUGAGCCCAAAUCCAGGCGUGCCAGAGUUGCGCAAGUGCUGCCGCGGACCAGUGAAGUGUUAUGUUAUUUAUCGGCGCUUUCAGCCGAGUGCCGUCCCAGGAUGUUACCGUUGUUAUCCUGCAUGUGCAUCAAUCGUUUUAGUUAUGUACACCUAGUUUCUCAGAUUGCGCGCACACUCCAUUUGAGUGAAGCGCUUCGGCCCAAGUAGCCGAAGCGCUCAAAAUGUGACCCGUAUUUGGAUAGCUCUUGACAGGAGUCGAUGUUUGUAAGAGCAGUGCAGUGCCUUAGGUGGGAAGAACACCGCGGGCAUGGUUGUCAAGUGUACUCAGAUAACGUCAGCACCAAGCCUUGCAUUGCGCAGGCGCCGAUGGUCCCGAAUCCGCUCCAUACACGCAAUGAGAGGACGGUAGUGAAGUGUAUCCCAGUGUUGUUACACCUCCACGACUAACCUGUUUCCCAAGCAAGACCAUGUGCGCUCUCAAGAUGUUUGUGUACCGUUUUCAUGCUAAUACGACUUGUGAACAAUG